UAAAGCGAUUUAAAUUAUAAACUUAUUUCAAUUGAGUGAUAUAUUUUUUAUUGCUCAAUAUCUUUGUUUUUGUUUUGGAUGCUGUACAAAUAACAAUGUGUGUUCAAUGAGGACAUAGUAUUUGUAUUUUGUAGGUCAUGGUCAUUUUCUGCUGAUCACCUAGUUUUAGAUAAAUUCAAAUAGUAUUUUUUGUUGAAUCAUUGUGUUUACACACAACUACACAAGUCUUGAACUUUUAAUACUAUAACUUAAAAUAUUUUAAGGAACAUACCCAUUUUCUACAUUAUAAUGCUGAACACAGGAAAAUUAUCUGGACUAACCUUGUUCAUUACUGGAGGGAGUCGGGGUAUUGGUAAGGCAAUAGCUUUAAAAGCAGCUAGGGACGGUGCUAAUAUUGUAAUUGCUGCUAAAACUGCUGAGCCUCAUCCAAAAUUACCUGGAACUAUAUAUACAGCUGCUAAAGAAAUUGAAGAAGCUGGAGGAAAAUGUUUACCUUGCAUAGUUGAUGUAAGAAAUGAAAGUCAAGUAGCAGACGCUGUUUCUAAAUCAAUUAGUAAAUUUGGAACUAUUGAUAUACUCGUAAACAAUGCAAGUGCAAUUUCAUUAACUCCUACAUUAGAUACUGAUAUGAAGAGAUAUGAUUUGAUGCAUAAUAUCAACACAAGAGGAACAUUUUUAGUAUCAAAGAUGUGUAUACCUUAUCUAAAACAGAGCAAACAUGCACAUAUCUUGAAUAUUAGUCCUCCAUUAAACAUGAAUCCUUCUUGGUUUAAAGAUCAUGUUGCUUAUACAAUGGCUAAAUAUGGAAUGUCAAUGUGUGUAUUAGGUAUGGCUGCUGAACUUAGAGCAGAUAACAUUGCCGUGAACGCAUUAUGGCCAAGAACUGCUAUAUAUACUGCAGCUGUUGAAAUGUUAUCUGGCUCUACUGAUGCAAAAAAGUUAUCUCGUAACCCAGAAAUUAUGGCAGAUGCAGCUUAUGCGGUACUUUGUAAGUCUAUUGAAAAUUGUACUGGGCAGUUUCUAGUUGACGAAGAAGUACUAAAACAAGAAGGAAUCACUGAUAUGGACCAAUAUGCCAGUGAUCCAACUUAUAAAGGAGAUUUAAUGGUGGACUUCUUCUUAGACGAAGUCCCUCAUGAUGGAUUUAGUAAAGGAACAAAAAAAUCACAAGCUAAAAAAUCAGAUGGAAUAGAUACAAUUGAGGGUAUAUUUACAAAAAUCAAUUCACAUCUGACUCCAGAAAUAGCUAAAGGAACAAAUGCCUGUUUCUUGUUUGUAGUAAAAGGAGAUGAAGAUAGAACUUACUAUGUAGAUCUAACUGAAAAUUGCGCAGCUGGAAAAGGUAAACCAAAUACAAAACCAGAUGCCACUUUAACAAUGGAAGCUGAUAAAAUAGAAGAAUUAUUUGAUGGAAGGCUAAAAGCUGCCGAUGCUUAUAUGUCUGGUAAACUUAAGAUCAGCGGCAGUUUAAUGAAAGCUAUGAAAUUGGAGAAGCUGAUGAAAUUAUUAAAAGCUAAAUAUUAA